AUUAUAUACAGCUAUCUGGCCGAGGCACACAACUCGUUAUUAUGAUACUGCGUUGUGUAUGUACAUGUAAAGUGUGCGUCGACGGUGGUGAACGUGUAUAUGACCACGCGGAUCUUCAAUCACAAUCGCGCUACAUAAUAUACAGUCCGCGCAUCGAUCGCAUCUUUCAUCGAAAUUUAUAAUAUUAACGUAAAUAAACAUCCGUCCUGCGGCCUUUUAUUUUUUAAACGUCGACGUGAUUGCGAUAAUGCACCUCGAGGCAGCGAUUAUGGGUGUCGACGACGACUCGCGAGAAGCUCAACGGCAAUGCACGCAGCAGCAGCAGCGGAGCAUCGUGUCCAAUACGAUCGAUGCAGCGGAGGAUGGGCGCUGCCGAUCCAACAGCGGGACGAUGCGUUUCAAAUCCUCCAAAUAUCGUCCGAGCCUGCAGUUGGCCAAUCAACACCGACUGGAUCACACUUAUGCGGCUGCUCUCGGCAAUCAUCGCUCCAAAGCUCGCCACCAAGCCGACGAUAUCGAGUCCAAUUUGACCUUGACUGGAAAAAUCAACGACGAGGAAGAGAACGACGAGGAAAACGACCAAAUCGACGUGGUGUCGAUCGAGAACGAGAUCGUCGACGUCGAGACGUACGAGGAGAAGGAGAAGAAGAGCAGCAGCGACGGCUUGUGGUUGAAGAACUUUUGCCUGGAUUAUGAGCCGGCGAUUCGAAGGAGCCGCGGGAGACGCCGACGUCGGCAAAACAACAAUAUCAAGGAUGGCCAGGCCGAUAAGGAAAACCUCUCGUUUUAUUUCACUCGGUCGAGCGGCGUGGUAAAGCAGUAUCGUGGAAAUCGCAGACUGUCGAGAUUCAGCGCUAAUAAAAGUAAUAAUGCCAAAGUCGCGAGGCCCGCAGUGCAGGAGGAUAAAAAGCGAUGGAUAGCGGCACUGGCUUUGAUAGAACUGGCGCAGCAAUUGAGCUAAUCGAAGAAGAGGAGGAGGAGGCAAUAUUUUGCACGUGUAAGAGAAGCUUGUACAUAUGGCUUGUUGUUAUUGUUAUUCUUUUUUUUUACUUAGCUGCAAGCGUUGAUAUCCGUUGAAAAUUGAGGAAAUAAGUUUAUAUUCCUAUUGCCAGAUCUGCGGGAGGCAUGGUUAUUUAUCAUUCAUCAAAUAAUGUAAAUAUACUCAUUAAGAUACUAUUAAUUUUGUAAUUAAUA